CAUUCGUGCAUGGAUUCUACCAAUCCACCAGAUGUCUCCUUCGUGUCCCAAUCGCGAUGGAUAGCCCCAUCAUUCGCGAGCUUGUUUGGUCGCUUGGUGAUUCUUCAACAUGCCAGCCAUGGUCAAGAACAUCGUGCCCGCUAUGGCUGCCUUGUCCGCCGGUGUCACGUCUGCUUUCGGCACCAUCUCCCAGUUUCCGACAGAGAUGACCAUCCUCAUGGAUCAAACCGUGGAUCCGUGCACCGACUUCUUUUCGUAUUCGUGCGGGACGUGGUACAAUAACACCCACCUCCACACCCACCAAAGUACUAUCGAUGCCACGUACGCCGUGAUCAAGGCUGCGUCGGACAAGCUGAUCGAAAAAUUGUUGAACGACAAGUUGCCCAAACUCGCCGAGUUCUAUGACGCGUGUGUGGACACUACCACCAUAGACAGCUUGGGCUUGGCUCCCAUCGAAGCCCACCUCAAGGCAAUCCGCAGCGCCAAAUCGGCCGUCGAAGCCAUCUUUCGCGGCACGGCCAUCUCCAAGGCCACCGGCGUACCGCUGUUCGUGAAGCUGUCGGUCUCAGCCGACACCGUCGAAACCACCCGCAACGUCUUGAAAGCCGAACACUCGGGAUUGCCGUUUGACCAACAAUACUUCGACGAAGAAUCGUGGGCCGGGGUUGAAAAGCCGUACCGCGAAUACAUUGGCAGGAUCUUCAUGCUAGCCGGUCACCCGAAGGAGGAGGUGGAGACCUCCAUCGACGUCGUGAUUGCGUUUGAACGCCUCAAUGCCGGGGUAGAGCUGUCCAAGCGUAGGCUCCAAGAGGCCGUGACAUCCAACGAUAUCCGGUUACCGCUUGGCGCUGCCAACGCGUCGUACCCAUUAGGGCUAGGACUCCAAUUGCAAGGGAUUGGGUUCGACGUCCGCGAAGGGUCCAACACGACCACAGUAGUUGUGAAGAACUUCCGUUAUUUGGGCUCCGUAGAAAGGUUGCUCCGCAGCUUGUCCGUCGACGACCUCAAGAUCAUCAUCGAGUACAAGGUGCUCGACUUCAACGCGCCGUUCCUGUCAACACAGUUCGCGAAAGCCCACUCGAAAUUCUACGACAUGGUGAUUAAAGGCCUCAAAGAACCCCCGUCGCGGGCCACAAUCUGCCGCAGUCAGGUGAAGACGUCCAUCGGCGAACUACUGGGCUCGUACUACCUCAAGGAAGUGUGGACGGCCGACACCUCCGCGCCCGCCAACUCGCUUGUGUUCAAGCUGAAAGAGGCCUUCGAAACCGGGCUGGACAGUGCGGGGUGGCUCGAUGACACCACUCGCGCCAACGCCAAGACCAAGUUGUCCAAGCUUACCCACCUCUUGGGGGGGCCCAAGAACCCCAAAACGUACACCACCUUGACGUUUGACCCCAAGGCUUACAUUGCUAACCUGAACAAGGUGACUGCAUUCGACAAUGCGUUCAACCUAGUUUAUAUCGACACAGCCGUGGACAAGCAAAUUUGGAAGAUUACUGCGCAAUCCGUGAAUUCGUACUACGACGGGUCGAGCAACACAAUCGUGUUUCCCGCCGCCAUCUUGCAGCCCCCGCUCUUCGAUCCCAAUGCGGACCCGUCCGUGAACUAUGGCGCCAUUGGCGCUGCCAUCAGCCACGAAAUCACCCACGGCUUCGACAACCGUGGCCAUAACUUCGACGGCGACGGCAAAAUCAAUUCAUGGUGGAAGGCUGCCGCGAGGACAACGUUCCGCGAAAAGGCCAAGUGCUUCAUCGAGCAGUAUGGAUCCAUGGAUGUCAAGAGCGAGCUCACGGGUGAUUUGCUCGGCAAGUUGGACGGCGCAUUGACAUUGGGGGAAGCAAUCGCCGACAACGGGGGCCUCAACGUUGCAUACCGGGCGUACCGGGACUACGUACACGCUGAUGCCGAUGCCACCAAGUACACCAUGGAAGCAGGCGACAAGAUGUUUUGGAUCGGGCAUGCUCAAUCUUUGUGCAUAAAGAACAGCGACGACAACCUCCGGGUUCAUCUCACCGGCGUACACCCCCCUGGUCGCCACCGCUUGAUCGGGGCGGUUCAAAACUCGGUCGAUUUUGCCAAGGUGUUCAACUGUCCUGUGGCCUCGCCCAUGAACCCGACCAAGAAGUGUGUUUUGUGGGAAUAG